AUGAUCAGUGCCACGGCUGACGAGCCACUUAACGUGCUCGACCUCCCGCAGAUUUACCAGAAGCCCUCGGGGACCGACCUCGUCAAGGCUCUAACGUUAUUGACCCUGCAACCACGCACAUUUGGCACCAGCGAGGAUGCCGUCAAGGGCCCGGCGGUGCAGCCGACCGGCGUGACUCGCUAUCUCACCUCGAUCGUCGCGAGUCCACUGUCCUGGCUGGAGACCGAUGAACUCCGCGAGGCCGUGUGGGAUGCCGCCGCCUCUCGGCUGAGCGAGCGGUCCGGUCGCACGGCUAUGCCAGCCAUGUCGCGCAUCUUCCCAGUGCCCAGCUCCUCGGGCGAAGACUAUACACUCACCCUACACGAACCAUCCAUAACAGCCGACAAUCUCGGCAUGAAAACCUGGGUAUCUUCCUACCUUCUCUCGCGCCGCCUACACAACCUCUUCGGGUCUCCGCCGGAACUAGUCCCGUCAGAAUCCAUCAACCACACGCCCGCGACUGAAGAAAACCAAAGACCUCUCCGGGCACUGGAACUGGGUUCCGGCACAGGACUCGUCGGACUUGCCUUCGCGGCUCUCCGAGGCAAAUCCGCCAGCAUCCAUCUCACCGAUCUCCCCGAAAUCGUGCCGAACCUCGCCCACAACGCUGCACUGAACGUCGAGCUACUCACUCGAACCGAGGCGACUGUGACAACAGGUGUGCUGGACUGGUCCGUGACGCCGAACCCAUUGCCCGCACCCGAGGAGCGCUUCGAUGUGAUCCUCGCAGCCGACCCGCUGUACUCGCCCAACCACCCCCGCUGGCUCGUGGAUACAAUCGGGCCCUGGUUGAGUCGCGGACUGGACGCACGGGUUGUAGCUGAAAUGCCGCUGCGCGAUGCGUAUCUGCCGCAAGUGCAGGAGUUCCGUCAGCGGAUGGUGGACCUUGGGCUGGCGGUCGUUGCGGAGGGCCAGGAAGUCGGCUACGACGACUGGGAGAGUGCGGAUGGAGAUGCGCUGGCUGUCAAGUGUUGGUGGUCGGUCUGGGGGUGGUGUGAGAAGGUGUGA